AUGGCCGCCAACUACAAGAGCUGCCCGCUGAAGAAGCGCCCCAUUGUCUUCGUGGAGGAGCGUCUGCCGCAAACGGAGGCCUUGGCCCUGACCAAGGACUCGCAGUUUGCCCAGGACCAGCCACAGGAUCUGUCUCUGAAGAGGGGACGCGAGGAGGAGUCGCAGGAUUACCAACAGCCCGAGCCGAAACGUGACUAUGUGCUGAAUCUCUCCAAGACACCGGAAAGGAUCUCCAGCCUGAACUCCAACUCCUGCCUGCUGUCGCCGCCGGCGGAGGACCAGGAUUACCAGCCCACCGACAUCCAUAUGCGUGGACUCACAGCGGGAACUACUGGUUAUACCACCGCCACACCCUCGGUUAAUCCCUUCCAGUCCGCCUUUGUGAUGGCUGCCGGAUGCAACCCCAUCUCUGCAUUGUGGAGCAGCUACCAGCCCCAUCUGGCUGCCUAUCCCUCGCCAGCCAGCUCGAUGGCCUCACCCCAAUCGGUCUACAGCUACCAGCAGAUGACACCACCCUCCAGCCCGGGAUCCGAUCUGGAAACUGGAUCCGAGCCAGAGGAUCUGUCCGUGAGGAAUGAUAUCCCGCUGCCGGCUCUGUUCCACCUCUUCGAUGAGGCGAAGUCCAGCAGCAGCAGCGGCGCCAGUGUGAGCAGCUCCUCGGGAUACUCCUCCUACUCAGCACCCUCCAUGAGUGGCUCCAACUCCUCUGGAAGUGUGGCCGCCAAUCAUGCCAAGAACUAUCGCUUCAAGUGCGACGAGUGCCAGAAGAUGUACUCCACCUCGAUGGGUCUGUCCAAGCACCGCCAGUUCCACUGCCCCGCAGCCGAGUGCAACCAGGAGAAGAAGACGCACUCCUGCGAGGAGUGUGGCAAGCUGUACACCACCAUCGGAGCCCUCAAGAUGCACAUCCGCACCCAUACGCUGCCCUGCAAGUGCCCCAUCUGCGGCAAGGCCUUCUCGCGACCCUGGCUGCUCCAGGGACACAUCCGCACCCACACCGGCGAGAAGCCCUUCCAGUGCCCCGACUGCCCACGAUCCUUUGCCGACCGCUCGAACCUGCGAGCCCAUCAGCAGACCCACGUGGACGUCAAGAAGUACGCCUGCCAGGUGUGCCACAAGUCCUUCUCGAGGAUGUCGCUCCUGAACAAGCACUCCAGCUCCAACUGCACCAUCACCAUUGCGUAGGAUUCUCUGGGACUCGGGAGAAUCCUUCAGCAGUACCAAGAAAACUCACAUUCCGCUGGCGAAGACCAAACAAACAGACAAUAACUUAGCUUAGAUUUUAAGAAGUCGAUUCGGUUUUGGUGCUACUAUUAUUAUAUUUAUUUCAGUUCUAGUAUUCCUAGGUCUUAAGUUCAUGUAUAUUGCUUCAUUGUCACACGCAGCA